AAUCAAUAGCUUUGAGUAGUAACGUAAAAAAUCCAAAAAGUAACUGGUUAGCAAUAUGUAAUUCUUCAAUCAAUAACCAUCAUCAAAAUAAGCAUCUUGUUGACAUUAUUUAGAAAAAAAAAACAAGUCCAUCACAUUACAUUUAUUCAAUAAACACAUAACAUUAAAAAAAACGACAUACGACAACAGGUGGGCAUAUAAUAAAAAAGUUCCAAAUACUUCAUCCAUCCAACAAAUCCAUCAUCACGAGCCACCUCCUCAAAUCACCACCGUUUAACAUCAAAGGUUAGCUCAAGUCUAUUAUUUCCAGAUAUACGACCAGAAGAACGAGGUUUACGGCUUGUUGAAGGUGUGUGGCCACGACCACGACACCCUGAAGAAGGUCAUCAAGUGCGUCAUCUCCAAGUCUCCAAUAAUAAAAUCCGCCAUGAUGGACGUCACAGGUAAGCUAAUUGAUGGAGUAGUCAGCCUCACAAAAUUAAUGGCACACGGAGCUAUGCACGAAGCCUGCCUUAUAGAAGUAAUCAAGAACAUAGAAGAUGAAGCCUUCGCACUAGUAGACGAAGUUAGAGUCUGCGUCUACAACAACAGCACCUUCAUGGAAGAAAUUAACAAUUACAUCAAAGACAAUAACGCCACAGUUCUAGAUGUAACCAGGAAAGCUAAAGAGAAGAAACCGGAGAAAGAAGGAGAUGUGAAACACAUGAAAGAUCUUAUCAGAAGAAUGUUGGCUGAUAACAAAGCUCAAGAUAUCGAUACAACGUUCAAAACGAAAUUGAUUAAACUGCAGCAAGAUCUGGCCACGGUUGACAAUAAUGAAAUUGUUAAGAAGGAUAAGAAAGACAAAUAAAUCAUGUUUUAUUUUAGUGUGCUAUAAUUUUAUGUCCCGAAUAUUUGUAAUGAUUUAUUUGAUUAUUGUUGGAAAAAUUUGGUGACUGGUAUUACCAAGGUCGAUUUGAAUGUUACCUCUAUUCUCCAGUAAGCUUUCGCGUUAACUUUAUUUUAGAAUCAUGGAUUCUUGAUUAUUCACUUUCAUAAGACUCUCGGUUACACCAUCUACAUAUAAGGUACUUACAAUCCCUUCAAAGCAAAAAACAUGAUGAAACAUC